UUCAAAUUUCCAUGUUGCCUCUUUGUGCAGUUGCUGACAUUCUUUUGGUACUUACAUUCCAAAAAAAAAGGGGGGGAAUACGUACUUCUCUUAUUGUUCAAGAAGGAAAAUCAGCAUUGUAAGAAUGGAAAUGGGUAUAUUUCUAUAUGGAAACAUGAAUGCACAAAGAGAGCAAAAGUAUAGCAACAACACCAAAUAAGGAAGGAAAAAAAGGUACUGCUAUGUGUUACAUGGAAAAAGAAAAGUAAUUUUGGAAAAUUGGAUGGUUGUUAGUAUUUUUCGGUGAUUUCAAGAUUCUAGACUACUCUUUUAUUUUUCUUUGUAUUUCCUUUCUGAUCAAUGGUGAUGAAUCAUGUUGAAUAUCCUAAAAUAUAUGUGUAAAAAUGUUGUCCUUUUUCUUUCUUUAAACUUUUUUUCUUAAAAACAAAAAAAAUGUAAUUUUUAAAAAUGGAAAACAUGGUAAUUAAUAAAAGCAGUUGAAUUUUUCUGGGAAAAAAUUUAAGUUUUCUUCCAUCCCCCAUUAGGUAUCAUCAUCACCUCCUCGACCAGAGUUCCUGCAUUAAUCCUUUUAAAGAAAAAAGCAUAGAAUAAAUAUACAUAGUUUUUGGUGCACCAACCAUAUUGUUCCUUUAUCUGUGUGUAUAUCUUUUAUAUGCUGGAAUCUUGAUUUCUCCUAUUUGGUUGUAAUGCUGGAUUUUUCUGGUCUGGGUUUUUGACUUCUUGGGGUUCUCUUCAGAUUUUUCUUUUUAUUUCUUUUAGUUUUUGUACAAACAAAACCUUGUACCUUGUAACAUAAGUUAUUCAAUAUAUAUAUAUUUGUGGUUGGCAUUCUUGAAAUUUUUGGCUUCUUCAAAGGAUUUGCUAUUAUAGAGAGGAAGGCUUUGAAUUGUCAAAGAGGGAUUGGAAUUUCUUGAGGAAUUGGAGGCCUGCAUUGGUUGGUUUAUUAUGCGGGUCUCGAAUGUGUCUUGAGUGAGAGAACAUAUUGGUUACAAAAGAAUGGGCUGCAUUUGCUCAAAGGGUUCUUCGGAAGAUGAAUAUGUUUACGAACAUGACAAGGAGAAAGAAAAAGAAGUUGAUAAAUCUUUUUCUGUACAGAUGGUUGCUCCCUUACAAAGAGAGGAGAUUAAAGUAGACUUAGUUAAUCCUAAGAUUGAAACACCUAUGAAAUCUAAAUCAAAGCGGAUAUCAGAAUCCGUGCAUGCAACAAAAGUACUUGAGGAUGAUGGAAAAACAAGAAUUAUCGAGAGGCCUAAGGAAGGGCAUCACAAGAGGCGGUCCACAGUUGAUUUUGGAGUGCAACAAUCAAUGUCUAGAGUUGUAAGCAUGCCUAAUGGUGUACGGGGUGAACUCAGAGCUGCAGGAUGGCCAUCCUGGUUAAGUUCUGUCGCAGCUGAGGCUAUUCAAGGCUGGCUUCCUCGAAGUGCAGAAUCAUUUGAAAAAUUAAACAAAAUUGGUCAAGGAACAUAUAGUAGUGUGUACAAGGCCCGUGACCUUAAAAGCAAUAAAAUAGUUGCAAUGAAGAAAGUGAGAUUUGUGAAUAUGGAUCCAGAGAGUGUUCGCUUUAUGGCAAGGGAAAUAAGUAUUUUGCGUAGAUUGGACCACCCAAAUGUCAUGAAACUUGAGGCUUUGGUCACAUCUAGGAUAUCAGGCAGCUUAUAUCUUGUAUUUGAAUACAUGGAGCAUGAUCUUGCUGGACUUGCCGCAGCACCUCAGGUUAAGUUUACUGAAGCACAGAUAAAAUGUUAUAUGCAACAAUUGCUUGGUGGACUUGAACACUGUCAUAGCCGGGGUGUACUUCAUAGAGACAUUAAGGGUUCAAACCUUCUGAUUGAUGAUAAUGGUGUUUUAAAGAUUGGAGAUUUUGGUUUGGCUACAACGUUUGAGCCGAACCAAACUCAGCCAUUAACAAGUCGUGUUGUAACUCUAUGGUAUAGAGCUCCUGAGCUUUUGCUUGGUGCAACAGAAUAUGGAGUGGCCAUAGAUAUGUGGAGUGCUGGCUGCAUCCUCGCUGAAUUAUUUGCUGGAAAGCCUAUCAUGCCUGGAAGAACUGAGGUGGAGCAAAUGCAUAAGAUUUUCAAACUUUGUGGUUCACCUUCGGAACAAUACUGGAAGAAAUCAAAACUACCUCAUGCUACUAGUUUUAAGCCACAACACCCAUACAAGCGAUGUGUCACUGAUACUUUCAAGGAUUUUCCUCCUUCAGCUUUGGUCCUAGUUGACAUCCUACUUUCUAUAGAACCAGAAAAGCGUGGUACUGCUUCUUCUGCACUCAACAGUGAGUUCUUCAAUACAAAGCCCUUACCUUGUGAUCCAUCUAGCUUACCGAAAUAUCCUCCAAGCAAGGAAUAUGACGCUAAAAUUCGUGAAGAGGAAGCAAGAAGGCGAAAAGCUGAGAGUGUGAAAGGAUGUGGAGAUGAAUCAUUGAACAAAUCCUCAAGGCAAGCAAAGGGAGAACAUACUACAGCAUCAAAUGCUGGGCAGGGACAGUCAAAUAUCAGCAUCAGUGUUAAAUAUAAUCCUCUAGAAGAAAGUGGAACUGGUUUCCCUAUUGAGCCGCCAAGAGUGAAAAAUAGGAACGGAAUCACUCAUUCUUCUUCAGUGAUCCAUCCUAAUGCAGCUGGAUAUGCUCGCAAAGUCAAAGAGGAUUCAUCUGUGUCCCAACACGGUGGAGAGUUUCUAAGGCAGGGUUCUCACAAGUCUCGAGCUGUAGGAGACUUUUCUAGUAUUCAUUCAAAGAGGGAUGACGGGUCAUGUUACGGGGAUUCAACGGUUUAUGUGCCAAAGAAAAGUAGACUCCUUUGCUCUGGACCACUAGUGCCACCAGGGGGAAGUAUGGAAGACAUGUUAAAGGAACAUGAGAGACAAAUCCAAGAAGCAGUUCGAAAAGCACGUCUAGAAAAGGGAAGGACCAAAAAGAACUGCUACGACUAUAACUAGGCCAAACUUAUGACUAAAGAAACCCCUCCUAUCUUUUGAACUGAUUGCUCACUUCUGCCGGAAGAAGUAUGUGGUUAUUUAGUUCUUUGUCAUGAAAAUGAGAUCCACAGUUGUAAAGGACCUAGGAGGAGAUACAUUCAUGGUCAAUUCCAUUGUAAAGGUUCUCGCGUUAAUGCAUUUUCCUUCGGAGAAGAAUUCUGAAACCUCGAUUAAGAAGGAGGGUAAAGCUUGUUGUCGAAUUAGUACCUAAUAUAUAUAUAUACACACACCUUUGAGGAUGGGAAAUUUGCUUGUAUAGUUUGAAGAAUUUCUUGAUUCCUGGAUUGGUUUAUGUUAUGUGUACAUGGUAAAUCUAUAUCUUCUUUAAUAUCCGGUAUAUUGAUGUUCAGCAGUUGUUUCUUGACAGUUUAUUGGAGGAGGAACUAUCCUUGUAAUUUUCUCAGUGGAUAGAUAAAUUUAGAACAAGUCUGGUCAAUCUACUCUAGAUUUAAAUUACAAAAAAACAGUU